AUGUUGGCCGCUCUCGCCGUCGCCGCCCUGGCGGCGCCCGCGCCCUCCGACUUGCGUGAGUCAGCGAUCAAUCCGAAAGCGCGCGGGCCCAUCUUUGCCCCGGCUCCGGCGCCGUGUGACGCCGGCUUUGUCCCGACGUGCGAGCAAGCGAAAGGCUUUGGCCUCUGCGACACCACCAACUCGGCCUGCGACACAACCUGCGUGGACGAAGUGAAGAUGACCUGCCCUGUGACGUGCAGCCUCUCGGCGGAGGCGACUUCCGGGCACCUGGAACCGGACGCCACCCCCUCCGACUACAGCAAACACUUGCCGCCCGCCGCCACGGCGGCCAUCUGCAGCACCUGCGCGGACCACCCCGACCUGCCCUGCUGCCACGACCAUCCGCACGAGAGCGAUGACCGCCGCCGCCUGCAGCCGGACAUGCUGGUGCUCUCGCCCGCUGGCGGCGCGGACCGGUGCCGCGGCUCCGAGCCCUCCUGUGGGCCCGCGGCGGCUCGCCGUCGCGGUGCCGAACAAUGGGAUCGGUGCGGAUUCAUCCCGGCGUGCCGCCGGUGGCGCUUCUUCGCCGAAAUUUUGAUCAACCUCUUUGUCGACAAAGCUGUGCACGAGCUCCUGCUGCUCGACUGCGCGGCGGAACCGGCCCCUCGAUGCUGA